GAAAAUGAGAGUGAAAUAUAAAUAUUCUUUGUUUGAAUGUAAGAAUAAAAAUAUUCUGUCUCCAACUUUAAAGCUCUUAUUUAAUUAAUUCCUUCCUUCUCAACUACAUAAAGAUUGCAUUGCUUUAUUCUUUUCUUCCCUGCUUGCAUUAGCUUUUCUUUAUACCACACAUAUAUUAUAUAUAGAGAGCCCCAUAGGAUCAACUUCAAUUCCAAUUAAAUAAAAAAAAUGUCCACUCAUUUCCAUGCAAGUAGUUCUGCAACUUCUGCUGCUGCUACUAUCAUCCCAUUUUAUGAGUUUCUAUAUGAACAUGUGUUAGAUAACAACGCAAAAUCCGUUGCCUAUCUAAAACAAUAUUGGAAAGAUCAUAUUGAAAGCGGAGACCUACCCGUGAUGGACGAACAAGGAAACACCCUCCUCCACUUACUCGCGUUGAAUGGGAACGCCAAUGCAAUUUUAGGGCUCGUGGAGGAUCGGUUGCUGACAAACGAGCAACUUCGAGUGAGAAACAAAACAGGGGACACCCCUUUGCACCAAGCGGCUAGAUUUGGCAUGAAGGAUGCAGCCAAGGCACUAAUUGGGGAGGUUGGUGAUCGUAAUCAUCGGGAACUCUGUUUGGCUCGCAACAGCUGGGGAGAGACGCCUGCUUAUGUUGCUGCGGCUUAUGGGUGGGAGGAGAUGUUUUAUUUUCUUAAGAAGAGUUCAGAUUAUAAUGUUAUGGUACUUGGAAGGAAUGAUGGACGGACCAUUCUUCAUGCUGCUGUCAUGUCUGAAUAUUAUGAUUUUGCAUUAAAAAUAGUAGAGGAAUAUCCAGAGCUUGCGGAUAGACGUGACAAUGAGGGAAAGACAGCAUUAUACAUUAUGGCCUCAAAACCACAUACUUUCAGAAGUGGAACUCAAUAUACAUUUAUUAACUUGGGCCGUGGAACCUUCAUCCCCCAACAAUUUAUUGCAAUUCUAAUCUAUUGUUGUGCUCCACCAAUGAAGAACUCGUGGUGGUCGAAGUCUUCGUCAUCUGGUAAUGUAGAGGAUCCUGGGAGCAUUAAUAUUGAGGCCAAUCUUUCUUCUUCUCCUUCUUUAUUUUCAACUCUCUUAUCAAAAUUAUCUUCUGGAUAUGUGAAGAUCUUCACAGCUUUCCCCGCUAUUAGAGGAUUAUACUACACCAAGAAGAAGCAUGUGUACGCAGAAACAUUGGCGAAGAAGCUAAUACUAAAAGAAAUUAAAGAAUGGAGCCUCUGUUCCAAUUUCGAAUAUAAAAAUAACUUGAGUGACGCACCACAAGUUGAAAUUCAGUCUCGUCUACAAGUUAGGAAUGAAAUAUUGGAGCAAGUUGAGGGAGAGGUCCCAGUUGAAGCAUAUGAGAUCAAUGGAAAGAAGAAGAUGGUAGUGGAGAUGUACGACUUCGUUGAGAAGGUGGAGCCAUCUAGAAAGAAGCGAGCCCCGUCGAAUCCUCUAAUUGAAGCAGCAAGGAAUGGGAUCAUCGAGUUGGUGAGGCUGAUCGUGGAGAAUGCCCCUCACGUCGCAAAUGCAAUGGUGGACGAGAAUGGGAGAAAUGUGGUUCACGUGGCGGCGGAGGGAAAGAAUAUAUACAUAUACGAGUAUUUGAAUAAGAGUCCUCAUAUCCAUUGGGAUAUGUUGCGACUGGCAGUUGAUCGGUUCGGAAACACAAUUUGGCAUCUUGCAGCUAAUUAUGGAAAAGGCUCUAAGGUGCUUUUCGGACCCGGGAACUUGAUGACAUGGGAUAUUUUUUGGUUUAAGUUUGUCAAGAGAGAUUGUGAUCCUUACUUACAGGAGCACCGCAACUCCAACGGUUUAACAGCUAAAGAGCUCUUUGUGGAAAACCAUAAAUCCUUAAGAGAAGACGCGACGAAAGAGGUCAAGAACGUGAACCAAGUUCUAAUGCUGAUUUCGGCUUUAAUUGGAACAGUCAAUUACUCUGCCCUACUCACAAUUCCAGGAGGCUACAAUCAGGACAAUGGCAAACCGAUCUUCGAACAUAAACGUGGAAGCUUAGUCCAGCAGGAUCUCUUAAGAUUCAUGAUCUACGUAGCAGCUGCACUCCUUGCCUCCAUCUUUGCCCUCGGGUCUCAGCUGACGAUACAGAUGUCGCGGUUUCGAUACCAGGAAUUCUUCUUUUCGCAAUCGUUCAAAUAUGUAUUGGCAAUGACAUCGCUGUUCUACGCUACUAACUUCACGGUGCUGGCUUGUGUCCAGGUUUUCGUGUUGCAAGGGAUAUUGAAAACCAGCAAGUGGUUUACAUUCUUUGGGUGGCCUUGUGUGUGUGCUGUCCUAGUCUAUAUAGAUGCCAUGUACUUGUCAUUUAACUAUCUUUACUUUCUAUUUCUCUUCUUUUGCACCAACAAGGAUAGAAGAAAAAAGACCUACAGAGGCAUUUCCAAGUAUUUGUACGAGAAGAUAUAGUCGUAUUAUCCUCAAUAAUAAUGCAUAUGAUGAAUUUUACGAAUAUGUUUUUGGCACCUUAUAUAAGGAUAUGAUGAUGUAAUACUGUGAAUAGUCAUAUUAUAAGGUAGUAGUAACAUUUUACCUUAGUUUAUGGUCAUGUUAUUUAUUCUUCGGUUGAGGAUCACUCAUAAAUAAAAUA